ACUUUCAUGUGUUUCCUGAUAGACAGUGGGGGGGUCAGCUGUUGCAGAAAGUUUCCACAGAGUUGUGGAGUUUGUUUUGUGAGUUUUGUGUUUAAUCUCUGCAGAAGGGAGCUAACUCCCUGCGCGUGCUUCCCCGCCCCCCCUGCCUGCCUCCCCGAGCCCCCUCCCGCGGCUCAGGACCCGGAUUGUAACUUUAUUUGUCUCGGACAAACUUUGGGAAUGAGUUUGAACGAGCACUCACUGCAGGCGCUGUCAUGGAGGAAGCUGUACCUGAGCCGGGCCAAGCUCAAAGCCACCAGCCGAACUUCGGCGCUGCUUUCCGGCUUCGCGAUGGUUGCCAUGGUGGAGGUGCAGCUGGAGCGUGACCACGACUACCCCCCCGGGCUGCUGAUUGCCUUCAGCGCGUGCACCACGGUGCUGGUGGCCGUGCACCUGUUCGCCCUGAUGGUCAGCACCUGCAUCCUGCCCAACCUGGAGGCCGUCAGCAACGUGCACAACCUCAACUCCGUGCACGAGUCUCCGCACGAGCGCAUGCACCGCCACAUCGAGCUGGCCUGGGCCUUCUCCACGGUGAUCGGCACGCUGCUCUUCCUCACAGAGGUGAUGCUGCUCUGCUGGGUGAAGUUCUUACCGCUGCGGAGCAGCAAGGAUGGGAACAACACCAUCAGCUCUGGCGAGGCGGCCGCCAUCGCCUCCACCUGCAUCAUGGUGCCGUUCGGCCUCGUCUUCAUCGUGUUCGCCAUCCACUUCUACCGCACGCUCGUCAGCCACAAAACAGACCGGCAGAUCCGCGAGCUGGAGCAGGUGAUCCAGCUCCAGAACCAGCUGGACCACCGGCCGGAGAACGAGGACCUGAAGCCACCCAUCCACUUUGCUUAAUCUGCACACGCUCUUAUUCUGAAAAACUUCAUUUUCUGUGUGUAUGAACUAGGCAAACACGCCAAAAAAAGGCUACAAAAACGCAGGAGAAAGCGACAAAAAUGCAAAAAAAUGACGAUAAAAAGAUGUCAACAUUUUUUAUGCAUAUGAACUGUGCAAAGAUGCUUUUUUUUUUUUUGAUAAUGCAUGUCCACACUUGUAUCUUAGAAAAUAGUUUUAUUGUGAAAUCUCUUCUAAAGGCUUAAUUUUUUAUGCUUAUGAACUAGGCAAACACGCCAAGAAAAGGUUACAAAAACGCAAAACAUGACGUUAGAAAGAUGUCAAAAUUUUGUAUGCAUCUGAACUGUGCAAAGAUGUUUUGUUUUGAUAAUGCACGUCCACACACUUGAGAACUAGGCAAACACACCAAAAAAAGGUUACAAAAAGGCUGGAGAAAGUGGGAAAAAAAGGGACUUAAAGUCAACAUUUCUUUAUGCUCAUGAACUGUGCAAAGAUGCUUUUUGUUUUGAUAAUGCAUGUCCACAUAUAGUUUUACCUUUUAACUUGACAUUCAGCGAGGACUUUUAUUGUGAAAUCUCUUCUAUAAGCUUUAUUUUUUUUAUGCUUAUGAACUCUCCAAACACCCCGAAAAAAGUUCCAAAAACACAGAACAAAGUGACACAAACGCUACAAAAUAGCGAAGAAACUUUGCAAAGAUGCUUUUUUUGGGGGGGAUAAUGCGUGUCCAUAAACUUGUAUAUCUUAUAAUAUUCUAAAGAAAAGAGACGGAGGGACAGAGGAAACAGUUCAGAGCUUGUGUUUGGUGUUUUCAGUCUUUCUUGUGGCAGAGAUAGAGGCAAUGGUCUUUCCUGUUUCCUGUUUCCUGUACGGGACUCUCACACCGCCUCAAAACACCCCCACAAGUCUGAUCUCUGUCACAGUUUUUCCAAAAGUUGAGUCAGUCUCAACUUAGCAGCAGGUUUUUAGACUUGAUUUAGAGAGAGUGAGUUGUACAGUAGCCUCCAGGCAUAUAGACUCAGAAUCCACAACACAAACACGGAACCAGACAUCUACAGCACGAUUUAUCACACACACACAUAACACACACACAUCAGUACAUAGAAUACAAUAAAAAGGAGUAUGUUGCACCUCUCUAAAAGGCCUAAUGUCAUAAAUAAAUAAAUGAAACUACAGCACGGUACUUAA